AUGGACACAGACACAGGCAUGCACCAAAACCAGCACAACAACAACCAAAACCAACAGUUCAAAAUCCAGCACAACAACAACCAAAACCAACAGUUCAAAAUCCAGCACAACAACAACCAAAACCAACAGUUCAAAAUCCAGCACAACAACAACCAAAACCAACAGUUCAAAAUCCAACACAACAACCACAAACAGAGCAAGGACAUAAAAGAAGUAGAGAACAAGGAAACCAAGAUUUCUUAA